AUGAUCGUUACGUUGGACACAGAUAAAGGAAAGGGCACGGGUGAGGAGAAACAAGGGAAAGUGGGAACAGGGGUUACUGAUACGAUGAGGUGGGCUUCGUUUAAAGAGGCAUUCACGCAGAAGACUGAAGAGAAGGUAGAGGAAGAGGACUGGUGGAGCGAUGGACGGUGGAAGGAAAGGAUAACAGUAGAGAUGACGCCGAUGGGGCCGAAUGUGAUCAUCCCUCCGACUGAGCAGGAGCGGCUAGCGAAGAGGUGGAAGCAGGUGAUUAUAGUUAAGCUACUGGGACGUAUGGUGCACCCGGUAUACCUAGCAAUGAAACUUCAUCAACUCUGGGCUAAGCAUGGGUCAGUGGACACGAUUGACAUUGGAGUGGGUUUUUUUAUGGUGAACUUUGCACAUGAGAGUGACUACGAGAUGGCACUGACGGGAGGACCGUGGUUGUUAUAUGACCAUUACCUGUGUGUGCAGCCAUGGAAGGCCGACUUUGAACCAGAUGAGGAGAGAAUCACGAAAAUUUCAGCUUGGAUCAGAAUCGCAAAUCUGCCUCUAGACUACUAUGAUCACGGUGUCUUGCAUGUGUUAGGGUCGCAAAUUGGACGUGUUUUGAAAGUGGAUCUGAAUACGGCAAAACGUAAGAAGGGUCGCUUUGCUCGAAUAUGUGUUGAGUUGGAUCUUAACGUACCAUUGCAUCCUCUGAUUUUGGUAAACAGAAAAGCUAAACGAAUACAAUACAAGGGGAUCCAUCUCAUAUGCUUCUCAUGCGGACGUUAUAGACACGAUGCUGAGCACUGUACCCAUAGGCAGACAGAAGGCAAGGAUGCGCAGGAGGCAGGAGGGUCGGGGAAAAGUGCAGUUACUAACAGCGACAAACCUAAAGGAGGAGAUACGGCUGAGACUACAAGUGCUACUGGACCGAGUUUUAAUCAAUGGAUGAUUGUCCAACGACCUUGCCGGAACCGGCGACCUGGCAUGGCGGAGGAAAACGGUAACGAUGGAAGGAGGAGAUCUCGGCAGUUGAGCGAAAUUGUAGGAGGAUCUCGGUUUGCGGUAUUGAAGGACGUUCGCGAGGAGAAGGCGGAGAUCAUGCAGAAUAAUGUGCCAGCCGUUAUUGUGAGAUCUGAUUCCACAAAUACAGUGCAUAAUGACAGAGAUUCAGUUAGAGGAGUAGGAAAAGAUUUGAAAAAGGGAAUGGGCUUUGUAGGUGGGCCACAGGAACAAGAUAAUCUAAAGGCUGCGCAGAGAAUGGGCCCAUCAAAUGAAAAAAUAAAACGGACAGCUGUCGAAUCUACAAUGGGCCAUCUUUUAGUAAUUAAACAGAAAGCUGGGCUAGGUGAGAAGCUUGAAGAAAGUAUUGGUGAAGUGGCUAACUUGUUGGAAGAUGAACGUGACCUGCAGGUGGGAGCAGAAGACGACUAG